UUGUUUGACAUUCGCUGUCAAAUGCUUAGAAGUUAUUCAGUGAACAAUUAUACCAAAUUUCAGCUUAGUUUAAUUUGUUGUUUAUCAACUUAUUUAUGGCGUCUUCCAACAGUGAAAGUGGUAAUCUCAUGGAUGAGUUCGAAGAGGCGUUCCAAGCGUGUCUCCUGUCACUAACCAAGCAGGAACCCAACACCGGGACUAAUAAGGAUGAAAUCGAAUUGGAAGUUCAAAAGACAACAAACCGGUUUAUCGAUGUCGCCCGUCAGAUGGAAGCGUUUUUCCUCCAAAAACGCUUUCUUGUGUCAACUUUAAAGCCAGAUAUGUUGAUAAAGGAUGAAAAUCAAGACUUGCGCAAUGAGAUUGCACGUAAAGAGCAACUGCUUAAUAAGCAUUAUAGUCGACUAGAGGAGUGGAAAGCUUGUUUGUCAGACAUACAAGCGAACCAAGGAGCGCAUAAUAGGCCCAUGGGAGGAAUAGGAAGCUCAAUUGGUGCUAUUGGUGAUUCAUCUGUGGCCGCUGGGGCUGGAAUACCUGGAAUAUCCGGACCUAGCGGUUUAAAUAUAUCACAAGGCCAAAAUCGACCUGGCGCUGCUGGUAUGCUUAGUAACAUGUCAGCCUACGGCGUGCCUAGACGAUAUUAAAAUUUCAUAUAUUUAUACAUUUAGGAUAAUAAUUAAUAAAUCAAUUCAACCCUUCCUUUGUUAAGUGAA